GUGAUCCAAAUAUAGUUCUGUGUGUAAGUGUGUGUUGGUGUGUGAGUAUAGAGGUAGUGGGAGUUUCUCAUUUACAUAAAUAGCACCAACAUAAACAAGCGCAUCAGUAUUCUCUGAGAUUCUGCAUUUACAACUAGAAACAACUCUGACUACACAGCAAAAUGUCUCUGGUGCCACUUCUGUUCCGUGAUUGGUGGGAUGAGUUUGACAGGGAACGUCCAUCCCGUUUGCUUGAUCAACAUUUCGGACUCGGACUGCGACGGGACGAUUUGUGGAACAGUUUUGCCCCAUCAAGUCUGAGACCAGCUGGUGGUUACUUUAGACCCUGGAGGGCUCCUCUUGCUCGGUCUAACAGUGGGACUUCUAGCCUAGUCGCUGAGGCUGAUAAAGUACAGGUGAUAUUAGACGUACAGCAGUUCAGUCCUAACGAGAUCACUGUCAAGACAGCCGACAACUACGUGAUUGUUGAAGGCAAACACGAGGAGAAGCAAGACGAGCACGGGUUCAUCUCCAGACACUUUGUCCGCAGAUAUCUGCUACCAAAGGAUGUUGAAGUGAACAACAUCACAUCAUCCCUCUCGUCUGACGGAGUACUCACCAUCUCUGCUCCGAAAAAGAUGCUGCAGGAAGGUGGAGAGAGAUCAGUCCCCAUAAUACAGACGGGGGCUCCAGCACUGAAGCCAGCCCCCAACUCUGCCCCCCAUGAGACCAACAUCAAGAUUGAACAGCAGUAAAACCCUGCAAAACUCUGUAAAGCUUUUAUUUUUGUAAAAUGACUAUUUUCAUAAAUAAUAUAUUUUUUACUACUA